AACUUGUUUAUACUUAGAUAUUUUAUAAUACAUUAUCAAAAUGUUAUGAAACAUGUAGUUAUUUUUUAUACUUACACGCAAUUGAUUAUUUUGAUAUCUAUAAUCAGUUAUGAAGCUAAACAUUCCAACAAUACUUUUUACCCGUUUCAAAUAACUUCCUCGCGUAAAAAUAAAGUGCAACAAUACAUUUUUACAAUGACGGAACUAACAGAAGUAUCUAGCAAUAAAAUAUUUGGAGGAUGGCAAAAAGUUUAUUCGCACGAAAGUUCCGUUCUCGGCUGUAAAAUGAAUUUUGCCAUCUUCCUUCCACCACAAGCAGAAGAAGUCUCUGUUCCAGUUAUCUAUUAUUUAUCAGGAUUAACAUGUACGGAGGCAAAUUUUAUACAAAAAGCUGGCGCUCAAAAAUAUGCUUCAGAGUGUGGUGUAGCUUUAGUGGUACCUGAUACUAGUCCUCGUGGAUUGAAUAUUCCUGGUGAUUCUGACAGUUAUGAUUUUGGAGUUGGAGCAGGAUUUUAUGUAGAUGCGACAAAAGAUCCAUGGAAAAAGAAUUAUAGGAUGUAUAGUUACGUUACUAAAGAAUUGCCGUCAUUGAUUAAUGACAAAUUUCCUAUACUUUCUGAUAAACAAUCUAUAAUGGGUCACAGCAUGGGAGGUCAUGGAGCACUGAUUUGUGCAUUUAAAAAUCCAGGUAUGUACAAAUCGGUCUCUGCGUUUGCCCCUAUCAGUAAUCCAAUUCAGUGCCCAUGGGGUAAAAAGGCAUUCUCUGGCUAUUUUGAAGAAACAGAAAACAAUGUCUCGUGGAAUGACUGGGAUGCUACAGAAUUAGCUAAAAAAUACAAUGGCCCUCCUUUGGAUAUUUUAAUAGAUCAGGGAAAAGAAGAUAACUUCUUAAAACAGGGUCAAUUAUUGCCUGAAAACUUAUUGAAUGUUGCAAAAGAUGUUGGAUUAUCUUUGGUUUUAAGAUUUCAGGAAGCUUACGAUCAUAGUUAUUAUUUUAUAGCUACAUUUGUCGAAGACCAUAUUAAACACCACAUGAAGUAUUUAAAAAAUUAAAAACAUUUUUUUUUUGUUAAAAUUUAUAUCACGCGAACUUUACUAAUAAUUAAAU